UCGCGAUCAUUGAUUACCAACAUCACGCCGCUACCGGCAGGUGUCUCGCGCGAAGCGGCACUUGCACAACUCCACGACCAUGAUGGCAUGAUAAAGCUGAACCCGCUCGUCAUACGACACGAAGUCACAACACCUCCGCCGAACGCGUCGCAAGACGAAGCCGAGAACGCAACUUGGUACGAAAUCGCAGACAGCAUAAGCUACCUUGGGUUGUUCAAGGGAGAAGUUGUCUACAAGGCAUGCUUUUACAACCUUCCGCGCGGAAUUCAGACCCAUGUGUUUGCUCCAGCAGGCGUAGACAUCAGGUCGAAGUGGAGUGUGUGUGGGAAUGCUCCUGGGGAGCCUCGAGAGCCUGUAGAGCUUGGUUCCAACGCCCCGAGGGAUGGACUCUAUGUCAAGGAAGAGCUGGAUCUGCGCUGCAACUUUUUGAUGGCUGGAUUCGUCAAGAAGAAUCUCAAGAGCAGUCAUGCAGUCGUUGUCGAUAAGAUACUGGAGAAG